UCCACUAUCAAAAAGAAUGGGUGGACUAUUGGAUGAAUACAUGCCUGAAAUAGCUAUGUUUGGGCUGCAAUUCUCUUUUGCAGGUGCUACUCUUAUUACCAGAGCUGCUCUUGUACAAGGAAUGAGUCCCAGGGUCUUUGUAGUGUACCGACAAGCCAUUGCAACAUUGAUCGUUGCACCUCUUGCUUAUUUUUCAAGGAGAAAAUCAGCUGGGACUUGUAUUUGCUUGAAGAGCUUUUCUUUGAUAUUUUUGGCAUCACUUAUUGGUGUUACAAUCAAUCAAAAUAUCUUCUUUGAAGGUGUAUACUUAGUCUCAUCGUCCAUGGCAAGUGCAAUGGGUAAUCUAGUACCUGCGAUCACAUUUAUCAUGGCGGCCAUUAUGGGUAUAGAGAAAAUUAAUAUUAGAAGCCUCAGGAGUAUAGCAAAAAUUGUAGGAACUGUACUAUGCGUCACUGGAGCUAUUUCAAUGGCACUUCUUAGAGGAACAAAGCUACUCAAUACAUCUAUUUUGGGCGGUGAGAAUUGGUUAGUGGGAUGUCUAUUUCUCUUCGGAAGCGCUUGUUGCUGGUCAUUUUGGCUUAUUUUGCAGGUUCCAGUUACAUCUAGCUACCCUGACCACCUAUCUUUAUCAGCCUGGAUGUGUUUCUUGGCAACAAUACAGUCUGCAGUUGCUACAAUAUUCUUAGAGCGAGACCUGAACCAGUGGAAGCUGCAUUCAUAUCUAGAACUCAUUUGCUGCUUAUUUGCAGGAAUUGUAAGUUCUGGACUUUCCUUCUUUCUUCAAGCUUGGUGUAUUUCACAAAGAGGUCCACUCUUUACUGCUAUGUUCAAUCCUUUAGGCACUGUUAUUGUCACCGUAUGUGCUGCUAUGUUUCUUCAUGAAGAGAUUUAUAUGGGAAGCUUGAUAGGUGCAGUUGGCGUGAUCAUUGGUUUAUAUGUUGUGCUGUGGAGCAAAGCCAAGGAUGUUGUCAGGAAUGAAGAAGACAAAGAUCCGAAGCUGAAAACUGAUCAAAUGCAUAUCUCCAAUAUCUUGAUAGAUGAAUCUAUGGAAGAAGGAAAAUGCAGAGCUGAUUUGCAAGAACCUCUUUUACCUGAUAAGUCAAAUUAUGUUGGUGAAAAUAAUUUGCAUCAAUCACACAUUUGAUAGAAGUGGCAAUGACCAGGAAAAUAUGGUUUAUAGGUGUGCAUCUCGGAUCGUAUAAUAUUGAUAUUGAUAUUGAGCGUUAUUCAUUGAAUUAAUAUUAUAUAUAGACCUACAGUAGAUAAGUCUUUUCUUAAACUCGAUUUAUAUAAACCUUUGAAUAAACUGAAACGUGUUUUUCUUUUCAAGUGCUAUAUGUAAUCUGAAGCUUUUGCACUUCGA